AUGAUCCGUGCUCAGCCAGAAAAAAGCGUUGUCGUGAAGGGCAGUGACAUGGAUCGCCAAACCCAAGAGCGAGCGAUCGAUCUGAUCUGCUCAGAAAUCGACAAGGGCGUACCGCUGUCAGAGCUUACCUCCACGGUUAAGAAGACCCUGGAACUGGAGUACGGCGCCAACUGGCAGUGUUGCGCUGGCAGUGGUUUUUCCUGCAACAUCACCUAUGAUGCGGGCAAAUACAUAUACCUGAAAUACAAUGGCAUCUCCGUAAUCACCUUCAGAACCGGCUCAAACUGCGUGAUGGAAGUUCCCAAAGAGUGGCUACGUUGA